UGGAUAAACGCAAGAUGAGUGGUACACGUUUCGCCCGUACGGGGCGAUGUCGUUUCUUGGUUUGUUUUGCCAUACUCGUUCUGAUGGUGGGUAUGGUGGUCAUAUUCCAUAGCUCUCAAAUACAAUUGGAUGAGACAAGGGAACAACGUCUGCACUGUGAACAACAGCAAGAGGCGCUAAAUGAGCGGUUGACAUCUUUGGUCGAACAAAAAUUCCACUUGGAAAAAAGUCAGGAACGUGAACGUACCGAAUUUAUGGAAACCAAACGUAAUCUGGAACAAAAACUGAAAAAUCUUGAUGAAAAAUAUCAAAAGGAACAGGUGGAGGCACAAAUGCGUUAUGACAAACUGGAACAGGCCCAUAAGCUACUGCAAAGUAAACACAAGGAUCUUAAGGAUGAAAGUGCCAAGGCAAAUAAACAACAUUUGGAAAAUAUAAAUGGUUUGGAAAAGAAGGUGCAAUCACUGAAAUCCGAAUUGAAUAAAGAAAAAUCAAAUAAAUCCGGGGAGGUGUAUAUGUGGAAGGAAAAAUACAAUACAGCUGAACAGGAAAAACAACGUUUGGAAAAUCUCUUCUCUGCCACAGAGACCCAACAACAAAUGGAUCGCCUAAAAGAGCUGGAAACACAACUAAAAGAAUAUCAAAGCCAUUGUGAUUAUAAAUCACGAAAUCCCCUAUUUCCCCAAUCCAUAAACCCAGACAACAUUCCCAGUACCGCCGCCAGUCCGAAGACAUUCAACGUACAGGAGCCAGUGAGUGAUGGCGUUUACCGUAUCUCGGUAAACACAACUAGAAAUAAUACAUUAAACGAUAUAAAAAAUAAUAAAAAUAAGGCAGGCGAUUUUGGUGUUGGUGAUGAAAUAGGACCUCGCAAUACAAAACAAACUAAAACAACAACUACUACUCCUACUACUACUAAACAAGAUACACAAUUCAAUACUAAUCCAGUGUUUAAGCCUCUGAUAAACAAACAUUAUAAUGGUAGUUUAAUACUAAAUUCCGUUGAAAAUUUUCAGAUUGUUCCCAAGCCCAUGAAAAGAAUAGCCGACGAUCAGCAGCAGCCGGAAGAGGAACAACAACAACGACGAGAGGAACAUAAACAAGCAGCACCCUUGGGAGCACCCAAACAUAAUAAAUCAGCCGCAUCGUCUUCGUCACCAGCAGGAAAAUCCGAACCUCAAAUGGCAGCCGCUGCAAUAAAUAAUGCCACAUCGGCCAAUACCAGGACAGCUCGCGAUAAUGCCCUUAGCAGCAGUACAAGUAGCAACUCACCACCCCUAGCUCUACCACCCAAUCAAAAGAAAUUACCCGAAAAUGUUGCACCAUAUCCAGAACAUUUCGAAGAUUUAUUACAGAAAUCAAAUAAUGAACAAUCGAAAAAUGCCGAAGAAGAGGCCAAUAAUAAAAAUGAAGAAAAUCUUGCCAAAGCAGCUGCCGCUGGCAGCUUAAAGUCUUCUCACAACAAUAAUGACAACAACAAUAAUAAUAAUAAUUAUGAUUUUGGUGCCGAUGAUCCCAACAAUGAUGAUGAUCUCAUGGGUGGCCCUGGUGGUCUCAUGGCUGCUGAUAAUGAAAUGAUGGAUGGUGGUGGUGGUGCUGCUGCUGCCGGUGAUAUUGCCGUCAAAAACAAUCAACAAUUGUUGGAUGAUAAUUUAAAGAAUGAAGUUGCCGAAGAUCAGGGUAAAGAAUUUGAUGGUUUACGCUUGGAUGAAGGUGAAGGUGGUGCUAUGGAAGAAGAUGAUGAUGAUGAUUAUUCAAAUCCAUCAGCUAAAAGGAAAGCUGAUAAAGCUAUACGCCAUUAAAUCGAGCUAUGAUCGA